GAGUCCGCGGUUUAUUUUUGUGUAGUGGAUACACCCCUCCGGCCAUCAGCUACAGUCUAAUUGUGUGCUCAUACUCCCGUAAAGUAUUCCCUAUAUUCAUAAUUGAAAGAUGACUUAAUUUCGGUCAAAGGAGUAGUGAAAUAAAGAUGUAACUUUUUGUCACCGCCCAAAUGUACGGAUCCCCUGAUUCGUGAAUCUAUGUAUCUGCUGGUUUAGGCGGGGUCCUGGGACGAAAGAGCUGCCCAGCCCUGCAACAAGGCAUCCGGAAAACAGCUUCGGCUCCCCGUACACUAGGCGAGCUCGCGCUAAGGAGCAGGCGGUGGGAAACGGGACAGCAGUUCCGAGGAGGAGCGAGCGCGCCGUCUCCGGGAGUGGCCAUGCCGGGCGGGCGCUCAGCUGCUCUCCAGCCCGCGGAGCUGAGGAUCAGGGGCGGUGGGAGGGGUUUGGGGAUCCUGCGCACUUGAGCUUCCUCCUCCCUCUCCAGGUGGCGACAGCAGCGGGAGGCGGGGCUGCCGCAGCCCCAGGAGCAGCAGAAGCAGCCCAAGCAGCCGCAAAAGCAAGAACUGGAGCGAGAGCUGAAGCUGCAGCAAUCGGGAGCCCCUCUGGGUGAAGAAGUGAGCGCAGAGCUGCUUCCGCGGCGGCAGUGGGAGUAGGACCGGCAGCUUCAGGGGCGGUUCAGAGGCAGCGGCUGCACCUCCCCAGCUCGGGAAGCCGGGCAGGAGGGCGGGGAAGCCAAAACAGAGCGCGCCCAGGUUGCCCCGGCGGAGCAAUGGUGCCAGCGCUUCGCCCGGCGCUCUGGGCGAGCCCGGGGCCCCCGUCGUCUCUGCUGCUCGGGCUGUUGCUGCUACUGUUGCAGCUGUGCAGGGGUCUGCGCGCCGAGGACAGCGGCGCCAUGGAGGAGAUCGCCACCGAGAAGGAGGCGGAGGAGAGCCACCGGCAGGACAGCGUGAGCCUCCUGACGUUCAUCUUGCUCCUCACCCUCACCAUCCUCACCAUCUGGCUCUUCAAACACCGUCGGGUGCGCUUCCUGCAUGAAACCGGCCUGGCUAUGAUCUAUGGACUCAUUGUUGGGGUGAUCUUGCGGUAUGGGAUUCCUGCUACCAGUGGCCAUGAUAAGUCUCUCAGCUGUUCUCAAGAAGACAGGCCAUUCAGUACUUUGCUGGUCAAUGUCAGUGGGAAGUUCUUUGAGUAUACAUUAAAAGGAGAAAUUAGCCCUGGAAAGAUCAACAAUGUUGAGCAGAAUGACAUGCUGAGAAAGGUAACUUUUGAUCCAGAAGUAUUUUUCAAUAUUUUGCUGCCUCCAAUUAUUUUUCAUGCUGGAUAUAGUUUAAAGAAGAGACACUUUUUCAGGAAUCUUGGGUCUAUUCUGGCUUAUGCUUUCUUAGGGACUGCUGUCUCCUGUUUCAUUAUUGGAAAUCUCAUGUAUGGUGUUGUGAAGCUCAUGAAGCUAGUAGGACAGCUCUCUGACAAAUUUUACUACACUGAUUGUCUCUUGUUUGGAGCAAUUAUCUCUGCCACUGAUCCAGUGACUGUACUGGCCAUAUUUAAUGAACUACAUGCUGAUGUGGACCUCUAUGCCCUUCUGUUUGGAGAAAGUGUACUGAAUGAUGCUGUGGCCAUAGUAUUAUCCUCAUCUAUUGUUGCCUACCAACCAACUGGGUUGAAUACCCAUGCUUUUGAUGCAGCAGCAUUUUUUAAAUCUGUAGGAGUAUUCCUGGGAAUAUUCAGUGGUUCCUUUGCCAUGGGAGCAGUGACUGGAGUUGUGACAGCUCUAGUGACCAAGUUUACCAAGCUCCACUGCUUCCCCCUGCUGGAGACUGCUCUCUUUUUCUUAAUGUCCUGGAGUACCUUCCUCUUAGCAGAAGCCUGUGGCUUUACAGGUGUUGUGGCUGUCCUAUUCUGUGGAAUUACCCAGGCUCAUUACACCUAUAACAACCUAUCAGUGGAAUCCAGAAGUCGAACCAAGCAACUUUUUGAGGUGCUCCACUUCCUGGCAGAGAACUUCAUAUUCUCCUACAUGGGCUUAGCUCUGUUCACCUUCCAGAAGCAUAUUUUCAGUCCUAUAUUCAUCAUUGGAGCUUUUAUUGCCAUCUUCCUGGGAAGAGCUGCCCAUAUUUACCCUCUCUCCUUCUUCUUGAAUCUGGGCAGAAGACACAAGAUCGGGUGGAACUUUCAGCACAUGAUGAUGUUUUCAGGCCUUCGGGGAGCAAUGGCUUUUGCAUUAGCCAUUCGGGACACUGCCACCUACUCUCAUCAGAUGAUGUUCUCCACAACUCUCCUGAUCGUCUUCUUCACAGUUUGGAUCAUCGGAGGAGGUACAACUCCCAUGUUGUCAUGGCUGAACAUAAGAGUCGGUGUCCAGGAUCCAUCAGAAGAGGAUCUCAGUGAAACCCGCUGGAGGUAUUUCAGAGUUGGAGUUGAUCCAGAUCAAGACCCACCACCCAGCAAUGACAGCUUUCAAGUCUUACAGGGGGAUGGUCCAGAUGCUGCAAGAGGAAACCGGACAAAGCAGGAAAGUGCCUGGAUAUUCAGGCUGUGGUACAGCUUCGACCAUAAUUACUUGAAGCCUAUUCUCACUCAUAGUGGACCACCAUUAACUACAACCCUCCCAGCCUGGUGUGGCCUCCUGGCUCGAUGCCUGACCAGUCCACAGGUAUAUGAAAAUCAGGAACAACUGAGAGAUGAAGACUCUGAUUUUAUACUGAAUGAUGGGGAUCUCACUUUGACAUAUGGAGACAGCACCAUCACAGCAAAUGGCUCCUCAGGCUCCCAUACGGCCACCACUAGCCUUGAGGGCAGGAGAACAAAAAGCAGCUCAGAAGAGGCACUAGAACGAGACCUGGGAAUGGGAGACCAUGAAGUUUCAAGCAGGGGCACCCGACUGGUUUUUCCUUUGGAAGACAAUGCAUGACCCCAAGAUUCCUAAAGCAUAAGGAUAGGCCUAUAGCCAGGGUAAAGAGAGGUUACAGGCCCUCGUGCCGUUUGUGGUGGAGGAUGCUCAGAGACCAGAAAUAACACUUCUAUUACCAGUGGUUUUAUUGAGGUCUGAAGAUCCAAACCUUAAUGUGACUUCUCCCUUAUCUCCCCCCAAAAAUGUUAAUUAAAGAUGCAGAUGGUGGGUUUAAGUAUUUCCAAAUCAAAACAAAUAUGAACCUGUUCCCACUUUCUUACACAGUAGUACACAGAAUCCUUUUUUUUUAAAAAAUAGCAUGCUGUAACGGUCUAUUAACUCAUUCACCUGCAGUCUUUGAGCUAAGGAGAGGCAUGGGGAGAACAUCCCUAAAGGUGAUUCAGAUUGUUAAUUUAUUUCAGGUCUCUCUUGGGCUGCAAAGUGGGAGAUAGGAAAUACAGGAUCUCCAUGGAAGGAAAUAGAGCAUGGACCUCCAAGAGAUGGGAAAACCAGUGUUAAAUGUUUCACAUGUAAAGAAACGGUAUAAAAUAGCAGCUCCAAAGCCUGGAGCUAUAUGAACAUUUUAUUCUAGGAUUCAUUUGAAAGCUGCUCUAUUUCAUCAUGAGAAAAGAAUGGAAAGAAGGCAUAGUUUCUCUGGAUGCUUUAUGUGUUUCUGGAUCAUUUGAACCAAAGGCAAUGUAAGAGGGGGAGGAAAAAGGUUUAUUUUGUUUUUGUUUAAGCAAUCCAGGAUCAGGAGGUAUUUGGAGAGGGCAAAAGACUUUCAAGCUCUUGAAGCCCACCAAAGACCUGACUUCCAGAACUUAAAUCUGAGCUAUUACUGAUGGGAAUAUAAAGAUUGACUUGGCUUUUCUUUUGCACUGAAAUGAUUGUAAUAAAUGACUGGAUAUUAAGGAAGCUAAGGGGAAGAAGAGGAUAAAGGACCUUCUGAUGGGUAAGAGAAAUUUGAUUUGGGGAGGGGAAAAAUGGGAUGAGAUUUCACUGCACAAGAAGUAUACUGCAAUGAAAAUAGUUUUUCUAAAGGACCACUGAAUCUCUCUCAAUGAUAUUUUCUGGAUUAACAAAUGCCUGAGAUGCCUGCAACAGCCCGGCUAAGUUAACUUGAGGGCUGAAAUUCUUAGCAAUCAAUAUAAAGGUAGAGAAAUUUUGAGAAAGAUACCCUUUUUUUGAUCUGAAUAAUACCUAUAUUGAGGGAGCAUAACCUGCUAUAGGGUUAAAGUCUUUAUCAUCUUGGUCAUCUUCACUCAGUGUAAGGGGGAAAAAAAGAGAGAGGUCAGAGGUCAAUGCCCUUGGUACCUAAGGAGACUAAUAUCAUCUUACUAUGUGAAUGGAUGGGUUUUUUUCCCCUUUUUUCUUUUUCUUUUUUUGCUUUGUUAAUAGUAGGAUUCUUUCUGUGAUUUUUACUGCCUGUCAAAGAUCUUAAAAGGACUGAAAUGCCAAAACAGUUCUCUGCAAGAAUAUAACUUUUUCUUGCAUCUUUCAGCUUUGAUACUAGAAUAGAAUGGGGCCCCAUUUUUGUAACUGCAUUGAAAAUAUAUCAGUUUUUUUUUAUUACCCAAAGGAAAAUAGUUUCCCAUCACACUGUAAAUUACCUUUAUCUGAUUUUUCAUAGUGUAUAUUCAUAAGUGAGCCAUUUAUCAUAGCCCCAUAAAAACUUUAGAAUUAAACAUGAAGUGUGAGAGAAACCAGAGUUUUGGUGCAUUCAAAAUUGUUUUAUAAAUGCUGUUUACUGUUAAAGUAGAGUCUGGGCACAUAGAAUUGAAGGCUUAAAAUGAGAAACUACCUCCUCAGUUAUGUCUCUUCAGUAGAGAAACAUUUGCUAAGACUAUGGUAGAUGAAGCUUCAUCUCUGUGCUUUGGAAAGAACCUAAUGAAAUUCCUAAUUGGAUAUUAUAGGGGCCCUGGACAAUCAGGAAAGUACUUGAGAAUACAACACCUAUAGACACACGAAGCAGCUUUCUCAGAAAAUAUCUGGCAGUGCAGUCUUUCUGUGGCAGUCGGUGUCUGCAGCCCGAUUAGAGCUGUCAGACUUUGUGUGUGCAGCUCGGUACAAAAGGCCAAUGCAGAAUCUUCUCCUUAUAAGGCAUAGUCUUAUCUAAGAACAAGUCCCUAGCUAGCUUUUCUGCAGAGCUGUAUUUUUAUUGUGGUUUUUUUCACCCAAGCCUCUCCCACCUCAAAUUCAACGUCUGUUCAUUUAUAAUAUUAGAAGGAAAGAACACACUGGCAAAAAUAUCCUGAAGGUUGGGUAAGCAUUAUUUCAAAUAAACCUGCUCACACCAAGCCUUCACCACCAUUACUUGCAUGGAGUUACUACUAUCUUAAAUUUCUAGGAAAAGUUACUAUUAAUCACAGGAAACUGCCAAAAUGGGGAAAAACCUGCUGAGUUUUUGCCAUCAGAACCUGAAUUCCUCUACACACACAAAGAUCUGUGUUGUGGGUUUUUCUUCACCACAAACACUUCACUCCAAACCAUCUGAAUAGGAGCAGUAGAAAAUUUGUUAAAACUAGGAAUUUCUUAAGUAGUUCGUCUUUUUCCUAUGGCUUUCCCCUAAUAGUUACUUUGUGGCUUUUCAAAUACUCAUUUCUUGGGUAAUUCCCAUUUUUGGUCUUAAAAUUGGAAAGAAUAAUCCAGCUAAUAAUCUAGCUGCAGAUCCCAGCAAGAUUUUUUGAUCACUGAUAACAACUUCAACCUGACAUACCUCAUCAACCUUCCUUGAGAAGGCAAUAGAAAUUUAUAAAGUCCACUGCCCACAAUGAGUAGUACUAGCCAGACCAAAAUGAACAAGAAAUAGAACAUUUGACUAAAUGAUCUACACAGAUCUGAAAAAUGGAAAUCUUGAGGGGAAAGAGAUUUCAAAUAGUAUUUAUGAGCAUCAUUCUCCAAAGUAGUUCUGCUAAGCCUAUUUUGUUCUGGGGCAUGACGUGUCUGUCCUGCCAGGGAGCACAUUAAAGACAGGUUCCUACUAUUUAAUAAUUAAGUCUGAAGUGCUGAGCCUGUUCAAGCAGUCACACAUUCAUCAACAACCCAGGAGGGAAGAAUUUUCAGGGGAUUAAAAAAUGGAAAAGACAUUCUAUAAAUUCCAACUGAGAAGAGGUGUUUGAAAUCUUGGUGGAGAAGGAGCUAAGGUAUGCAUGUCUCUAAGUAGAGAGGGUAUUAGGAAGCCUACCCCCAUGACCUUGAUCCCUGUGUGUGGUAAAAACAGAGUUUGUUGUUGCUUCAAGUGAAAGACAGCUGUGUGCUAAAAAACCCCUGCCAACUCUGCUGUUACCAGGGUAGCAUCACAGCAGCCUUCUGUUUCUGAGACAUGCCAGAUGCUGCCUCUAAAGAUACUCACACACCUAGAAAACUCCCCAUCAUUUUGAAAUAAAUACUUGAAAUGAUGUUCAAGAUUUCCUCUUCUUCAAAACAACUCUGAUCAUCCCCCUACAUCUUAGUGUAUCUUAGGAACCUAUUCUGAAUCCAGGCUGACACAGGAUUCCUGAUCUCAAAGGAAGUAGAAGGCUUUCAGGAAGUUGUAUGUUCUUAUAAAACAAAUAUCAGUCAUUCCAAAAUUUAGGGCAUUUAUCCUUAUGGCCACAAACCCCACAUUCACCCCCACCACUGAACAAAAAGAGCCCCAAUAAUGACUCUUUUGAAAGACUCAGACUUAGGUUCCUCUCUUGGAGAAGCAGUUUGUGGCAUUUUGUAAUGAAAUUGAUAUACAAUUGCAGUAAAGGGAGUAAUGGCUUUCCUAGGGUUUUCUUGAAGAUAAAAUAUAGGAAAGGCACAGGUGGCUCACUCAGACCCUGACCAGUCCAAGUGUUCACUGGACCAGCAAGACAAAUAAGCUUGGAUGCAUGGUAGCCAGAGAGCAUCUUGUAAGAAGAAAAUAUUUCCAUUAAGUUAAUGGCAAAAAGCUCUUUAACUUGGGCCUCAGGCCAGUGAAAUAUCAUCUGUCAUUUAAAAUAAUUUUAAAAAUCAGAAAAACAUAACCCCAGGUGCAAAAUUAGGCAUUAGAGAAAUUUCUGACAAGAUGAAAGAGUUUCAAGGGGAAAGAUGAAGGUUGAACAUUCCCCAAAGUUAAAAAAAAAAAAAAACUUAUUAUAUUAAUGUCAUUCCAGGGUUUUCCCCGAUGGGAACGUAAUAUACUCCCUCAGAUGCUUCCUGUGGCCAAAAUCUUUGCUGAGCAAAUGUUUAUUAAUAAUGUAGUUAAGGAAGACAAUCGACACAAUCCAGUUAAAUACAGAUCAGUUUGAACUGACCAGGUUAGUUCCAAGAAAAUGAUUUAAGAAAUAGCUUCUAAUAACUAUUAUGAAAUGUGAACUGGACUGAUUUUAUAUCUGAGAGAGGGAGUGGAAUUCAAGGACCAGGUUAUUGGUUUCAAAAGACUUAUUUUUCUCUCACAGCCACAUGGUGACUUUAACUUGUUCUGCUUUUGAUAAUGAAUCUCUAAGUUACCACAAUCAUCACACUUUGUGGAUGCCCAACAAGGCUGCCAGUGAGGUCCUUUCUCAUUGAAAAUGGCUUGUGCUAGAUUUCUCUUGCUAAUGUCAUGGGCAGCUUUCUAAUAUUUUAAAUCAUUAGAAUCUACUGGCAAGAGGAUAGCUACUGUCCUCAGUGAGAAGUAGCACUGGGAAGUGAGAUAAUCACUCAAAUUUAUUAGAAUGAUUUUCUUUGCCUUGUCUCCUCUUUCUUCCCCACCACAAAAAGUAACCUAAAUUGGUUACAAAAUACAUAAAAACCCAUUUUUGGCAUUAAAAGCCAGGGUUUGUCUUGAACAAUCAAUUGGAUACUGAAGCCUUUGAGAACUGUCAGUAUUCCCUUUAGGACUUCCAACGGUGGUUGAUAACCAGAGACUGUAAAGAGGAAGGGGGAAAAUCCCAUGCCAGUUGUACAAAGCCUUUUUUUAUUAUUAUUAUUAUUUUUAAAAUAUUAAAGAUUCAAGUUUUAUUCUGUGGCAGUUGUUACAUAUAGCUUGUUGGGUUGACUUCUACAGUUAUAUGCUUUGGAGGAAAGCAAGAGGAAUUUGUUUCCAUUUUGUUGUAUCAUUUCUGCUGAAUUUAAAUUUUGACAUUGGAGUUCUGUUCAAAAUGAGGCUAUAUGUCCUUACAAAGUUAAAGGAAGGGGAAGGAACCUGUUGUGCAGACCAACUCCCAUUUUUACAUUGUUGGAAAUUUCACCAUGUUUAAGAAAUGAUUCAAUGGGGAGGUAACCAAAAAUGUACAACCUCUUUCAGAUGAAAUUGCAAGAAUCAUAAUUCUCUACAAUGACCAAGUAGUCUUUUUUCAAGAAGCAGUUUCAUAAACUAUAAAAUGGGAUAAUUUUAGCUUCCAACAACAACAAAACUUAAUAACCCUUUAACAGUAUAUUAUGUUGUACUAAGAGCAAUUGCUUCAGUGUUCUGAAGAACAUGACUCUCAGGCCUCCUACACAGCUCAGCAGGAAGGCCUGCAAUUAGGCACCUCAGAGUCUAGCCCUUUCUGCAUGGUUUAAUGAACAUUUCCCGUUCCUCAUGCUUAGACUGACUUCUCCAAAGUCCCACAAAAUGAUUUCCCACCAUAUUUUCCCUUAUCUCUUUCUUACUUUUUGCUUCAGAAGCUAAAAAAAACAAACAAACCCAAAAGCAUCAUCUGUUACUAGGAUUAACGAUAUGUUGCUAGAGGUUACAUACCGAUUUGCCCCUCUGCUUUAACGCUUACCAUGUUAUAAGGAAAGAUGGAAUAUAUUCUCUGAAGUUCGAAGCUGGGCUCUUUCAGUUUUACUUAAGAGCUUGUCAGGGGUUGGAGCAUUUGGUUUUUUUUUUUUUUGUUUUUUUUUUUUAAAGAGUGCAAAAAUCAGGACAGCAUUAGAAAUAAAAAUCCUUUUUUAAUGUGCCUGGUUGUGCCUUAGUGUCAAAGGAAAUACUGUAAACCUGACCUCUCUGCCUGUGAUUUCUCUUCUGCUUUUUAACCUAAAGCACCAAUGGCACAUUUGUGGUCUUGUAGCAGCCCACCUUCAACGAACAAGUGGCACAAUUAAGAGUGGUGAGCCUCAGGCAGGUGUCAUGGAUUUGGGUUGGGGCAUUUUAGCUUUGCCUCCAAUUAAGCCAGGAAUCCUAAGGUUUCUUUAAAUCCUUCCAUAGCUUCCAUCUGGUGCUGUGUGUAUCGGGCAGUACUCAUUUUUACCUGAUGUUAUUAACCUAGAGUCUUCACAGCUGCUUUCUUGCUUUCUGAACUUAUAAUUUAGUAAUAUUGCUAAUUCUUACAAAUAUGAGCUUGAGAGUGAAAAUUAUAAUUCAUGAGUUCUUUGAUAGGCAUAGAGAAUGGAAAGUAAAGAAGAGUUAGAAGAAGCUUUUUUUUUUUUUUAAAGAUCCCAUUCAGACCUUAAAACAAGAAGUUUUCUUUAAGUUACAGAAUGAACAUAGGGCAAGACCACGCUCGCCAUGGUUUUCAGAUCAAUAUUUUUGUCCAAGUUGUGAUAUAAACAUCAUUAAUUCUGAAAUCAUAAGAAAAAAGUCUCCUCUUCAUCACUGGGAAUGUCAUUCAAAGGGCAGCAAUCACCACUGGCAGAUUCAAGCUGGAAAAUAAAGCCCUCCAUAUUGGAGGGCCACUGUAUCCAUAUUGCACUAUGUCACUUCCUUAUUGGAAAUGUAGUCUUUGCAGAAGUGUCCGUUGUGUUAACUGCUCGCUAUUUUUUUCUGCUAUGCAGAACUGUUCAGCAGUUAGUGUCAAGUGAAGUCUCAAUACCCCAACUGUGCAAAGUAAUCCUAUUGGCAGUUGAUUCUUCAUUCUUCUGGACUGUACACUUCAAUGUUGCGGUUUACCUGGGGGGGAGGGGGAAAGGGGAAAAAGGAGAAAAUUGAGAGAGGGAAAGAAUUAGAAAACAUGUAGAAAUGUCAAUGUAAGGCCUCUUCCAUGAAAGACCUUUGCAAACCUAUUUAGCUUUGGAUUAUUUUAACUCAAUUUAUACAAUACUCAAAUCAGAUGCUAAAAAUCUAUUCUAGAAAAAUAAAUAAUUGUUUUCAUUUUGUGAAAAUGUGAGAAAACAUAGCCUGAGAAGCUAUGUUUCCAAAUUGUGGGAAAAGGAAGAGGAAAAAAAUUAUCGAAAGCCUCAGUCAGCAUUGAUUGUGCUGCUGCUAUCUACAUCUGACAAGGAUAGUUUGAUGGUUUGCAUGCUCUUUGGAUUCUAUAGUGGAAUUUAAAUUUAGAUGCCUACUACACUUAACCAUCUUUAUAAGCCUAUGUGUCCACUGGUGGGAAGUAAAUCCUUUUUUAUAACUCUUUAAAAAAACCCACAAUUGUAUCAUAGUGAUAAUUAAGGCUCUAUUCAAGUUUCCUGUCAUUUUUUGGUGGCACUCCAAAAAACUUUUCAUAUUAGUACAAAAGAAUAUCCAUUUGUGAUGUCUUCCUAUUUCUUACAUUACAAACCCUUAGUGGAUGAUGAAUGUGUACCAACUCUGACGCUGGUUCUAACAUUAGUGAAACUGGCCAUCUGUGAAAUACUCUCCUCAAGCCCCAGACAACAAGGACCUAUAGAACAAGUGGAAAUGUACAACAGUGAUACACACACACACACAUACAAAUCAGGGAAUUGAGAUGUAGCCUUGGAAGGUUUUCUCUAGUGGCAGUUUACAAAAUGAAAGGGUAGUUUACUUAAUAAAUGCAGAUUUAUUUGGUCAGUAGAUCUCUACAUAGAAAGUAUACAUUAGAUUUGUGUUAAAACUUGAAAAACAAGCUUUGUUAUAUACUUCAGGGUCAUUUACUCUAAAUGGUCAAUCUGGUGAUCUGUACUUGAAGAUAUAUGCCAGCAGGCAGCUUUGUGUUUUGUUUUUUAAAGCAUUUUUUAAAAAAGAUUGGUCAGAUAUGAUAUUUAUAACAAAACAAUGGCUACUUCAUAAAUAUCUUAUUCAUUCAAAUAAGUGUAAAUAGAUUCAUCAAAUCCUUGACAAUAAGUUGGUUAGAGAAGGAUGGGAGGGAGGGAAUGGGAUAUGGAUAUUUUAAUUUAUCUUUGCUUUGAAAAAAUCUUAGUUUCCUCCCCCCCCCCCCUCCAUAUCUUGGAUUCACUGCAAGCAUCAGGCCUUUUAUCCUUCUUAAAAUUUUUAUGAGCAGUAAUGUUGGAUUUAUUGGAAAGAAGGCUAGUCACAAAGCCAAAAAGAGUUGGGUUCAAGGCCCUCCUCUGAAACAUACCACCACCUUGGACAUAGUAUUUAAGCUCAGAACUUAAAGAACUUUUGCUGAUUUGCAUGGGUUGCAGAAGUUUCUCUCCUUUAAGUUCCUUAUCCCCCUAAAAUCAUAUGUAUUGUCCCUCUCUCCUUAUUCUCAUUCCCUGAAAGAUACAGCUUUUUGGCCUCUCUUUAUUCCAGAGCAGUAAUUAGGCUAAUUACUGGAUCAAGGCUAUCUUUACAUUUGAAGAGGUAUCCAUUAUUUCCUAGUGAGAUUGCCACACUGAUGUUUCAGAGGCUAGAGGUUUCAUCUUUCAGUCAUCUUCAGGUUACCAAUAAGAGUAAUCACAGCUUUCUGCUCAUGCCUGAAUUUAAGCCCCGGAAACUCCAGAGGACUGACCUCUGAAGUCUUUAUGAUUUAAAAUGAAGAUAAUGACAUUGAAGUUCUAAAUAUUAGGUUAUCAUUCACCACAUUAGUUUCUUGUUAAGUUUGACAGUGAAGUGUUAAAAUUAAAAAUUAAGCUGCUAUAUACUCCAUGGUAAAAAUAUUUUUUCUUCUACUAGCCCAGACUUUUACCCCCUGAGCAAAAUGCAAAUUUUAUUUCUCUUUUUAAGUCAGUGAUAUUGAAAGAUAUUUGGUAUGAUAAAAGAAUGAAAAACUGUCUUAGUGCAAUGAAUUUCAGGUCUUAUCAGGGUUUCUGUAUAUUGUUAAUGUUUUCAGAACAUGUAUAAAAAGAGUUUUGAGGUUUUUUUAAUGUGACUUUUGUGUUCUAUGUCAUUACAUUAACACAAGAAUAAAUAAUUCACAAACUAA